AUGAACGACGCAGAUGGAACUCUGCGACAAGCUCCCAAACUGAAUAGACUACACAAGAAUUACAUGUGUAAGAAAGUUGUUGAGAUUGCAAAAGGUAGUAAGGUCAAAUAUGAACUUGACAAGAAGACCGGAAUGAUUAAGGUUGAUCGGGUUCUAUAUUCUUCGGUUGUAUAUCCACACAACUACGGUUUCAUACCUCGCACGCUCUGUGAAGACAAUGAUCCCAUGGAAUGUUUAGUUAUAAUGCAGGAACCGGUUCUUCCGGGAUGUUUCGUUCAAGCCAGAGCCCUGGGACUAAUGCCGAUGAUUGACCAGAAAGACGAUAAGAUCAUUGCAGUUUGUGCUGAUGAUCCUGAGUACAAACAUUACACUGACAUCAAAGAUCUUCCCCCUCAUCGCCUCACCGAGAUCAAAUGUUUCUUCGAAGACUACAAGAAAAACGAGAACAAAGAGGUCGCGGUGAACGACAUCUUACCUCCGAGCACUGCAUAUGAAGCGAUCCAGCCUUCGAUGGACCUAUAUGCAUACUAA